CUAUUACAUGUAAGUCCACCACACCCAGAUAACUUGCCUACGUGGAGCCUAAGACGAAUUUGUCACUCGACUCCUACCCUUUAUCGAGACAAGUCAGGGACAUCUGUCUUCAGUUGGUAUCUCUGUCUACCCAAACGAUCAUUAUUGAACCCGAGAAUCAAAAUGGCGGACAUCCAGGCUAUUUUUGACAAGCAUGACGUCAACAAAGAUGGCUCCAUCUCUGCGACAGAGCUGAAGGCGGUGGUGCAGGAGUUCGGCCUUCCUCCGUGUGAACAUCUUGUGGAGCAAAUCAUCAAGGACUGUGACCAGAACGGAAAUGGUCAGCUGGAGCUGAAUGAGUUCAACAUCGUCAUCCAAGUGCUGCAGCAGGUCAAGACGGCCAUGGCGGACCCCCAGGCAAUGGCCGCGGAGAUGAAGAAGAUGUUUACAGAGUUUGACAAGAACGGUGACGGUGUCUUGAGCAAGGAGGAAAUGCAGGAGGCUCUGUCGAAGGUGCACGGCAUCAACAUGUCCGCUGAGUCCUGCGAGAAGUUACUGAACGUCGCCGACAGAAACGGAGACGGCAAACUCGACUACAACGAGUUCGUUAAGAUGAUCACGCAACAGUGAGAGCGAAGUUAGUAACCGUUUGCUCGCACUGGCGAUCUGUCAUAAAUUAUAAGAUCAAUAUUUUGGCGUGUACAAUCGUACAGUUGAGCAUUCUGAGCUUCCAUAUCCAGCUCUUCGAUGCUUAAAAUCUACAAGCUGGCUUUAUAAUCAAAGGUGAACAGAGUAAAAUUUGUUACAACUAAAACUAAGGUGUCUAUAGUGUCGCGUAUUUGCAUUCAACACUAAGAACUUUAAAGAGAAAUUUCAAGGGUUUUAGACUACAUUGAAUAGAAGAUAAUGGUCACCACAGGUUAAUACACUGUCUGGAUAGACACCCAAGCUGGAAUAAAGAAAUGCUUAAAAAACAAA